CGUUGUCUCGAAGUCUUGUUUCUCCUAAGCUUUCUUGUCUCGGGCCUAAUCUGCGUCGCUCAAGCCACCCACCUCAUAUCCUCGGGUCCGUACCUAGGACUUCCCGAUCUAGCUUUUUGUUUAUUAUUUCGCCUCCCUUCCCUGCCCCCUCCCUUCGGGCUUGGGCGGUCUUAGUCGAGUGUUUCUUGUUACAAGGGCAUCUUAUGUCAGUAACAGGAUCUGCUGUUCCACUCGCCCUCUGAAGUCCCUACCCACUUUGCAACGCGCCCUCGGUAUCCAACCAGCCAGCUAGUCAACCAUGGACGGCGCGAAAAAAGAGUGGCCCGCCACGUUCGGGCCAAAUGACGAGCGUCCGACCUACAGCUCCGAGGAGACGGUGGGUCACGUCAACGGUGUCGCCGCCGUCGACCACUCCCUCGCCGCGAGGAUGGCCGAGAAGGAGAAGGUGAAGACCGAAACGGGCAAGCGAGAGCUCAAGGAGGAGGACUGCGAGAGCGAGCUCGGCUUCGCUUUUUCACCCUUGAAGAAGUGGUGGAUUCUCACCGUUAUCUUCCUCGUCCAGACUUCUAUGAACUUCAACACCUCGCUCUACUCGAACGGUCUCGAUGGUAUCUCGGAGCACUUCGGCGUCAGCGCUCAAGCUGCCCGUGUCGGCGCCGCCAUCUUCCUUGUCGCCUACGCUUUCGGCUGCGAGCUCUGGGCUCCGUGGUCCGAGGAAUUUGGUCGCAAGCCGAUCCUACAGGCUUCCCUGUUUCUCGUCAACAUAUUCACCCUGCCUGUCGUUUUGGCUCCCAACUUCGGCUGCUUGCUAGCCGGUAGGUUUCUCGGCGGCCUUUCCACGGCGGGUGGCAGUGUGACGCUCGGAAUGGUGGCCGAUCUGUUCGAAAGCGACAGGCAGCAAUAUGCCGUGGCCUACAUUGUGUUCUCUUCCGUCGGUGGAUCGAUUCUCGGCCCCAUUGUUGGCGGAUUUGUCCAAAUCUUGCCUCCUGCCCAAGCGUGGAGAUGGUGUAUCUGGAUCCAGCUUAUCUUUGGCGGAGCCGUGCAGCUUCUGCACUUUUUUACGGUACCGGAGACUCGAACGACCAUCAUGCUGAACCAGAUUGCGAAGAAGCGCAGAAAGUCGGGCGAGGACCCCAAUGUCUACGGGCCGGAUGAGAUCGAAUCUUUCUGGAGCCGUUUCACCUUGAAGGAGUUGAUCUACACCUGGUUACGACCUUUCCGCAUGUUCCUCACCGAACCCAUCGUGCUCACUCUGUCCCUGCUGUCCGGUUUCUCGGACGCCCUCAUCUUCAUGCAGAUCCAGUCGUUCUCUCUCGUUUACAAACGAUGGGGCUUCAACGCUUGGCAAGUUGGUCUCGCAUUCGUGCCCAUCGGUAUUGGCUAUGUCCUCGCUUGGCUCUUCUUCCUACCGGCCUUCAAGCGAAACCAGCGACGACGUGAAAAGCAUCCCGAGGAUGAACACGCGCAAUACGAAUCACGUAUGUCUUUGCUGCUCUGGCUAGCACCCUGUCUGCCGAUCGGUCUCAUCAUUUUCGCCUGGACGAGCAGCGGCCCACCAAUCCAUUGGAUCGGCUCCAUGUUCGGAACUUGCAUUAUCGGCAUCGCCAAUUACGCCAUCUACAUGGCCACGAUCGACUACAUGAUCUGCGCCUAUGGACCGUACUCUGCUUCGGCGACCGGCGGCAACGGUUGGGCUCGUGACUUCUUAGCCGGUGUCCUCACUAUCCCUGCGACUCCUUUCUAUACCAAUAUCGGCGCCGAGAAGGGCAUGAACCUUCAAUAUGCCUCGACCAUUCUCUUCUGUAUCGCGUUUGUCCUAGUUAUCGCCGUAUAUGUCAUCUACUGGAAGGGACCAGUCCUACGAAAGCGCUCGCCCUUCGCUCAGAGCUUGGCCCAGGGUGCUGCUGAAUUCGGAGGCCACCAUCUCGCCCACGUCCACUCUCAUCGCCCAUCGACGGCUGGAGGUGAGCAGCGACCAGCGACGGCGACUACUACUUCCCGGCCGCCUACCGCGCCGAAUGCUCCGACUAUCGAGAUUAUGCAAAAACGUCCGGGAGACCGCAUGUCUGCAUCGCGACACAACUCGUACUACUCAGCUCAGCAGGCCGCAAGCCGGCGCCAGAGCAGGCAGGCCAGCCGAAACGCUAGCAGGCGCAACAGUCUCGAUCAUCAUCGUAAGUCGGUCGAAAGCGACAGCGAAGAGGGCGUAUCACACCAUCACCUUCAUCACCGACUUCAAAACCUAAACACAAUCGCUUCUAUGCCUACCCAGCCCCAGAGUCCUUAGGAGGAUGUU